UGAGGAAGCGAAAACGGGCAAGUAGCGGUUCUUAGAGAGAGAGUCUGCGUCUGUGCAUUUAUCUCUCUCUUUUCUUCUCUUCUGCUUCUCUCGGACGAAAGGAGAAAAAAGAGAGAGAGAGAAGUCGUUGAUGCUCCAAGAGGGCCUCCAUUUUUUCCACUCAAAAUGAUAGCAUGGCUGAAACAGUUGCAGGCUGCGUACGGGUUUUCUUUCCUAUGGCUUAUCUCUUUGGUUUACUUCAUUCAGGGUUUCAGAUCAUUUGUAUGGACUGCAGUCUCUUAUCAGCUGAAAGACGGGCUUAAUUUGUCACCGUCAGCCUCCCAGCUUGUGUCUUCUGUAGUAUUUUUCCCAUGGAGUAUAAAACCACUUUAUGGGAUCUUGUCGGAUUGUAUUCCUAUAUUAGGGAGGAAAAGGAUACCAUACUUAUUCAUCUCAACCAUAUUAUCUCUAUUCCCAUGGCUAAUUCUAGGGCUAAAUGCAUCUCUGAGGAGUUCCAGUGGACCUCUUAUGAUUAUUUUAACAGUGCAAAACCUAGGUUCAGCCAUGACAGAUGUUGUGAUCGAUGCAAUGAUUGCUGAAGCAGUACGGUGUGAGCGGGCAGCUUUUGCUGGAGACCUUCAGUCAAUGUCUUGGUUGUCAAUGGCCUUUGGUGGAAUCUUCGGGAGUUUGUUAGGGGGAUUCGCACUUACCAACUUACAGAUAGGAACAAUUUUUCUUCUUUUCUCUAUACUCCCAGCCAUGCAGUUAUUAUCAUGUGGUUUGGUUGAAGAGGAUUCUUCUGGUGUCAAAGUUUUUCCAAAGCUUAGUAAUUCAAAGAGCUCUCAUAGAGAAGAUAGAAAUGGUAGCAUCUCAGAUUCUGACGAUUCAUCAGUUAAAAAUUCUAGGGAAAGUACUAUGAGGAGAAAAAAGAGCCAUAAAAACAGCAAAAAAGGAAAAUUCAUCUCAACUGGAUCUAAGACUCCGCAAAAGGAUGGUUCUUUGGCUGUACAGUGGUUCCAGUCUAUAAAGUCAGCUAUCUAUAGUUUGUGUCAGGCAUUUGGGCAACCCAUCAUCCUCAGACCGAUGACUUGGUUUUUCUUAGCAAAUGUUACUGUUCCAAACCUCUCGUCGGUCAUGUUCUAUUACCAGACCGAAUUCUUAAAAUUGGAUGCGUCCUUUCUGGGUACUUCACGCAUUAUUGGAUGGUUGGGCCUCAUGGUUGGAACCUUCAUUUUCAAUCGCUUCUUGAAGACCAUGAAGUUAAGAAGAAUUCUCAUGUUGACCCAGGUUGGUCUUGCUAUUUUGAGUCUCCUUGAUAUCGCUCUUGUGUCUCGAUUGAAUGUCUCAUUUGGCGUAUCAGAUAAGCUUAUGGUUCUAUGUGGGUCUGCUCUUGCCGAUGCAGUCAAUCAAUUUAAGUUUAUGCCAUUCCUGAUACUCUCUGGACAGCUUUGCCCACCGGGUAUCGAGGGGACCCUAUUUGCGCUCUUCAUGUCCAUAAAUAACCUUGGGUCCACAUUGGGAUCAUUUGUAGGUGCCGGUUUGGCCUCUGUGCUGAACAUCUCAUCAGGUUCCUUCGAGAACCUUCUAUUGGGCAUUUUUGUUCAAGUGAUCUGCAUAUUCAUCCCAAUUGGAUUCUUGUUCUUGAUACCAAAAGAAUCCGUAGGAUAACUGCUUAGCUAAUGAUAUUGUGGACUACUUCUAUUGGGGAAUGAAGUAUCUCAUAUACGGUGGAGGAGAGUGACAGUUGCAACUAGUAGCCUCAGAAGUCUUAUCUCUGGAAGUAAUUUUUGUUGGUUGUCGACUAAUAUAGUUGGCUAAAUUUUUUUUUAGAUUGAUUUUACAAGUGUAAUUUUCUUUGGCAAUAUAUGGAUGUUUGAAGUUUGUAGGGCAAUGUGGGUUGACAAUCCCAGAGAUACAAAGUUGGAAAUGAGCCUGCUUCGUGAGAAGUGAAUGACAUGUACAGCGGAAUUAUUAAGGUUAUAUUCAAAUGCAUGAGAUUAGUUUACUGA